UGGAGAACUCCAGCUGAGGUAGAGGCAGUCUUGUACCGCACAGGAUCUCAACACUCGAUGGAAACACGGAAGUAUAUAUUAAAAAAAAAAAAAAAAAACGUGUUUUCCUUGGUUUUUUACUUUCGAUCAAGCUUUAUUUAAAGUGUUUCUCCUUUUCCUGUGAAGCAGCUGCUGAUCCAUGAGACAUCUGUCACAUGACGGGGGUGAAGCCUAUUUCCUGAUGCCCUGAAUUAGUCGUAAGUGAAAUCGUUUCAAGUUGUCAGAUUAUCACCGUUAGAUCGUGCCAUGGACAGAUUAGAAGCCACAUCAGAGCUCCAGUCACGGCUGUCAUCUUUGUCCUUCUCUUCUUUUUCCGGAAUAACAUCCAAACAGUGCGAGAACAGACCACUGGACAGGCUCCCGAAUACAGACCUUUCACAGAGUUUUAGCCCAUCUAAAAAUCAGAUUACCAUGGAUGAAGCCAAGGAGGACUCACAGCAGCAUUCAGAGGGUAAUGAAGAGGCUCCUGCUGAGCCAGCCCUUGGGGAAGCAGCUGAGGAGAACAACAGCACAGGGAGCUGUCAGCUCUCCAGUGAGAUGAAAGCAGCCCAGAUGCCACCCCUGAAUCCCCCAACAACCUGGACAUCUGCUGCAGUGAAGGAGCUAAAGACAAAGCUUCAAACAGACAAAGACAGUGUGGUGACCGUGUACCGAGGCGACAUCAUGACAGUUCAUGUUCCCACUGUCCCUGAGGCAAAAAAAGUCUGCUGGGAGUUUGCUACAGAUGGCUAUGACAUUGGCUUUGGGAUAUAUUUUGACUGGACUCCUGUCACGACCCGGGCUAUCACUGUGCACAUCAGUGAAUCAAGUGAUGAUGAGGAUGAAGAGGAGGAGCUGGAAGGACCUGUCACUAAUGGAGAUGUUGAGAAGGGCUCCAAAACUCAAACCAACUCAAGCCUGGCUGAAAUCUUACCCGUCUACCGCCAAGACAGCCACUUGUCUGUCCAAGGAGGGAGCCACGAGUUUCCAGGUGAAGGCACGUACCUCUUUAAGUUUGACAACUCCUACUCACUAUGGCGGAAUAAAACACUUUACUACAGAGUUUAUUACAGUGCCUGAGAUGCCAAUUUAUUGUUUUUGAAUGUAUAAAUUAAUGCAGAAUUUGCUGUCAAGAACGAUGAACUAUUUUUGAAUCUAUACAUGGAGAAUAUAAAGUUCUAAUAUAAAAGUUUAAAAUAGUCAUAUCUAUUUUUAUCACUUUCAGCUUGUGUUGCCACAUGUUGGAUUUACGUAUAUUCUCAGAUAGUUUCGAAUGCAACACUUACUCCAGUGUCUUGCCGAUAGAUAACUGAAGAAGCCUUGCAUAUGUGCCAUGUUUCCAUGUAUGCACUGUGCUAAUUGGUCAAGUGCCCAUCAUAAAAUAUAUAUAUAUAUUGUCUUUUGCUGUAACAUUUCAAUAGUAGCAGUGAUCAGGGAACACCUGCACAGAAUAUUUUUCGCCAGGCCAGGUGAUUAAUCAGCAGUGCUCUAAAGAAAUGAAAGGUUUAUGUUAUGUGUGUGUGUGUGCAUCUUCUAUCUAUAUACUCUUAUGCUGCAUUGUUGCUACCUGUAUUUACCAUAAUUUUUCCAGUAUAAUUUAUUUUUAAUCUGUGUUAAAUCUAAAUAUGUGUUUUCAGAGAAUAUAACUGUCCAAUACUGAUUCUGUUAUCGGUAGAAAAGAAUGUUGAAUGUACUGAAGCAAGUGGUAAGUUACUCAGAGUGUGCUUUUUAUGACACAAUUUAAAGCCAUCCCUUAUCAUACAAAGCUUUUAUUAUGUAAUAAGAUUCAAUAUUUACAUUUGCCUCGUCCCAUUUAAUUUGCUUGUUGGAGGUAGGGAGCUGUAAUAUUCCAUCUAAAUGUAUUUUGUGCUCAGAUCUUGAAUGUCAGCGUGUUUGUUUUUGACUGCUCUCUGUGUCUUUGACAUUCUUUGAAUCUGAUUGUGUUGAAUAGUCUUUUGUCAUCCUGUUUCUGAAAAAUCAGUUCUUCGACCUGUCUCUUGUGCGCAUGUUUCCAAAGAUGUCACAGAAUUGGCUGCUAAUACUGUGUACAACAUAAGCUUCUCAUGUUUGCUGUACUGUACCUUUAAUGUAACUUAUGGUUAUGUUUGUUCCUGAAAUUUAUAUCCCACAAUAAAGAGAGGAUUGUCUA